GCGUAAUUUUUUGAAAAAUUAAAAACAUUAAUCUUUACUUUUUAAAAGCCAGUUUCUCAUUGGUUUCCUUCCUGACUAUUGUAUCGAAGUUGUUAUCAAUCGAGAUUUGAGUCCCGCUUGCUCAGCUAACAUCAGCUGGUAAUAUCGUACGAUAUAAUUCACGUCACAGCUGAAUAAUAAACAUCCGUCAUCUGAGGUUAUAUUAUUGUUAGAUUGCGUAAAAAAGUAGGAUACAGUUUAUAAUUUUAUUAUAUCAUCGAGUAUUGUCUGUCGCGCCGCUCGUGCACUGUGUGUGUUGUUUUAUUACAUCAACAUGUCCGAUAUAAAAUUGUGUUUAUUCUCAGUGUUUUUAUUUUGCUUAUUGGCUCGAAAUUCCUUUGGACUGUCGCCGGUUAUUCUGAUACCAGGUGAUGGUGGCAGCCAAUUAGAAGCUAAAUUAAAUAAGACAAAUGUAGUCCAUUACAUCUGCGCAAAGACAUCUACAGAUUAUUACAACAUUUGGUUGAACCUUGAGCUUCUAGUUCCUUUCGUCAUUGAUUGCUGGGUAGACAACCUCAAGCUAGAAUAUGACAAUGUUACGAGAACUACUAGAGACCCUCCUGGAGUUGAUAUACGUGUUCCGGGGUGGGGAAAUCCAGAACCAGUGGAGUGGCUGGACCCAUCCCAUGAUUCAGCUGGGACAUACUUUAAUACUAUUGGUGACGCUCUAGUCAAGAAUGGUUAUGUAAGGAAUGUGUCAUUAAGAGGUGCUCCAUAUGAUUUCAGAAGAGCACCAAAUGAGAAUGGGGAAUUCUUUGUUAAGCUAAAAACCCUUGUGCAGGAAACAUACACAAUGAACAACAAAACUCCAGUGACAUUGUUGACGCACAGUAUGGGAGGUUCCAUGGCACUGCACUUCCUAAGGCUGCAGACACAGUCUUGGAAGGAUCAGUACAUAAGGCGGAUGAUCUCUCUGUCAACCCCCUGGGGGGGAGCUAUGAAAGCACUCAAGGUAUUUGCUAUAGGUGAUGACCUCGGCUCACUUAUGCUGAGUCAGAGCACUCUGCGCGCAGAGCAGAUUACCUGUCCCUCUCUGGCGUGGUUAUUGCCGUCUAAAAACUUCUGGAAGCCUUCGGAAGUGCUCGUGCAAACAGACAAGUUCAAUUACACCAUUAACGACCUUGAGAAACUUUUUAAUGAUUUGGACGUGCCAAACGCUUGGGAGAUGCGCAAAGACACGGAAAAGUAUUCGAGUGAUUUCUCCGCACCGGGCGUGGAGUUGCACUGCCUCUAUGGGUACAACAUCUCCACUGUAGAGAGGCUGGUGUACAAGCCUGGGACCUGGCUAGACGGAUCCCCGACCCUGCUAACAGGCGACGGCGACGGCACGGUGAACCUUCGCUCGCUCAACGCUUGCGAGCGCUGGGCCAAGCGUCGCUUCGGAUUUUCGCUCAACAAGCGGCCCCUGAAGUCCGUCCCGCUAGCCGGCGCCGAACACCUAAAGAUACUGCACGAUCCGCGUGUCACAGACUACAUCACUACUGUUAUGAAACACGAUUAGUCAGUAUAAGCCAGCACCUAAAUAAAUCCCUAGGUUGUAAGAACACUUAAAGAUUCCCAGGAUAAGAUCAAUCCAGGAUCGAAUAACCAAAGUUAUCCGUUAUUUUCAUUAGGCGCAGCAAAUUGUGAAGAUUGUCGUGCUUAAAAUUCAUUGCCGUUAUCAGAUGUCAACGAUUCUGGCACACCUUCUUAAGACAUAUAUUGUGGGCAAUCAUAUUAGUACUAUUGUUUUGAUAGACCUAACCUUGAUCAUCACACAAUUCAACCAAUUGCUGAGAUAGGUCUUUUGUAGGUUUUUCCACAAUUCUCGGUUCUGGGCCGCUUGCCUCCAGCGGUUCUAAGCGACUCGCCUGAUGGCGUCUGUCCACCUCGUUGG